UUCUCAUUAUUCUACUUCUUCAAACAAACUCAUAGUGGUUAGUGCAUACAUUUCCAUACUUUUCUGUAAUAUACCCAGUCAGAAUCAAAGCACCACCUUGGCUUAACCAAAUGAGCUACAUGGGCCAUCCCCAUAAAUGCAAACCACAACCCUCAUCUCACACAGGGAUGUAAAGAAGGUAUACGGGUUGAAGUUGAAACAGCCAACACUGUGAAACUACUGGACACUUUAAAUUCAUUUUCAACCCGACUAUAACUUCAGAAACUCUUCACAAUGGCAUUGGUUAACAACUGUCAGAAACGUCUGCUGCUGGGAUUCAAUAUAUUGUUAGGGAUAGUAGGUGUCCUGGUCUUGCUUUGCGCAUUACUGGGAGGAACAGUCAAACAGGAUGACCCAAACUCAUCAAUUGGCUUAGUAAUGAUUGGAGUUAUAGGAGUGGUUGCGGUGCUAUUGUCUUUAAUGGGAGUCUAUGGUGUGAACAAAGAGAACAUUUGCAUGCUGAAAACGUGCAUUGGAAUAAUGGCGACUGGAACAGUCUUCUUUUUCUACAUAGGUAUCAAUACUGCUAUUUCCAAAGCUGAGGUCAUGGAGAAUUUAAGGGAACACCUUCCUAGGAUGAUGAAUGAAGAAAAUCUCAGAGAAGAUAUCAUGGUUCUGCAAGCACAUAGGAGGUGUUGUGGGAUAGUGAGUUACAAUGACUGGGGCAGCGAGAUUCCAGACACGUGUAAGUGUCCUAGUUUUGAACUCAACCCUUCCCAGUGUACAGAGGUGAAGACAACUGAAGACAGGAGCAAAUGGGAAAUAUCCCCAGUAUCUGAUACGGUUAGGAUCUACAGAGAAGCUUGUGGCCCUCUCAUAUUGGAGACUGUUGACUUCACUUUGAAGGCCACAUUCGGAGUCUUUGUUGGACUCGGGUUUUUCACGUUAAUUGGGAUAGUGUUGUCCUGUCUGACCAUUCAUCAGAUAAAGAAUACGCAGUCUUCGAGAUUUCAAGAGACCACCUGUGACAACAGAUUCCACCUGUGAGUCCAAAUUCCAGGCUGUGCCCCAUGCGGGGCAUCUCAUGGAGGUUGCACUCAGUAGCCUACACCCAAAUUUUGCAUGCAAGGAAUUUAGGAUUUUAGAACCCUGAUAGAGUCUUGGGCUGGGUGGUGGGAGAGAGGCUCCAGUGAUGAUGGGUUAGGGUUGGGUUGUUGCUGGAAUGCCUCACUGAGGGAUGCUGGGUGGAGUCACCUUUUUAUUGUGAUCAGAUCUUCGUCUUCACUCCACUGCUUUAUUAUUGUUCAGUUAUCCUCUUCCUCAUCUUGGCUUUGCUUGCUUGCCUGCACAAAAACAAUUUAAUUACAUUUUUGUCACCACUGGUUGUAUCAUCCCUUUUUUUAUUUGUGGGGAAAAGUGGAUAACUCUGCUUGUUUGCAAUGCCUAUAUAUAAACGUGUUUCAAAGAAUACCUGACUGAUUUGGAUGUUAAUCUAUAUUCAAAAAGAUGGCGACCUGUAUGGCGAGGUAUCAGGCCGAUCUGGACCUUCAGUUAUACGGGACACCCUUAGAAGGAAGGGGGGGUGGGUAGUGGAGGUAUUUCAGAAAGCAGUGUUAUCAUACUCUGAGUUUAAACCAGGUGGUCUCCUCAUUUCCAGUUGAAAGAAGAGGUGAUUCAACACAGUGGUAAACAUGCCCCCGUCCCAAAUUUUUUGAAAAUUGUUGUUGGCAUCAA